UGAGCAGAAAGUUGGGUUAAGCAAGUUGCCUAACAACUCCAGAAUAGACACUGGGAUAUUGUGGAUUGUUUUCGUGCGCUUUAUGUUGUAUUUCACAUCCGAAAUGGCAGAAGAGAUAUUGCUGAUCGCGGGUGUUGCGAUUGCGGUGCUGAUGAUAUUUCGUAUGUAUGUACGCGGAGCGCGAUGCAAAAGUAAGACAAAGCUGCAUGGCAAGACUGUCAUCGUUACAGGUAGUAACACGGGCAUCGGUAGAGAGACAGCGGUGGAUUUAGCGCGGAGAGGCGCGAGAGUCAUUCUGGCCUGCCGUAACCAAGUACGCGGCGAGGCUGCUGUCGCUAUUGUGCAGAGAGAAGGUGGGAGUAAAAAUGUGGUGUUCAUGCAGCUGGAUUUGGCCAGUUUGAAAUCAGUGCGCUCCUUUGCAGAAACUAUUCUCAAGACCGAGAGAAAAUUGGAUAUUCUCAUCAACAAUGCAGGAGUUUAUAUGCAGGGCACUACUGAAGAUGGUCUUGGUCUUAUGUUUGGUGUCAAUCACCUUGGUCACUUCCUUCUGACUAACCUGUUAUUGGACAGAUUGAAAGAGUGUGCACCAAGCCGCAUCGUCACCAUAUCUUCACAUUUACAUGAUUAUGGUAACCUUAACUUUGACACUCUUCGCACUCAUAAGGAGUUUGGAGUUGGCGAGUCUGCUGGGAGUGUCUUCCGGAUAUAUUCACACAGCAAACUGUGUAAUGUGCUCUUCACGCAUGAGCUGGCAAAGAGGCUACAAGGAACCAACGUGACCUGUUACAGCCUCCACCCAGGUGUUAUAAACUCUGAUCUCACCCGUAAUAUGAAUAAAAUGUCCAGGAGGUUGUUGAAACCCAUCGCAGCUCUAUUCUUUAAGGAUGUAGAGGCCGGUGCCCAGACGACUCUACACUGUGCUGUGCAGGAAGGCAUCGAAUCCCUGAGUGGCAGGUAUUUCUCUGACUGUGCUGUGCAGAAAGUGAAGGCCAAGGCUAAGGAUGAUGCUGUGGCCAAAAAACUGUGGGAAGUGAGUGAGACAUUAUGCGGUCUGUCCUGAAUCCACUCGGAUACUUGCACACACGGUAUAUGUUGCACUCACUACAUACAUUGCAGGUGUAAUAAUGUUAAUUAUAAUUUUUUUUUACUGUCACCAUGUUUUACUGAUUUAUGAAAAAAAAAAAAUAAGACAUCAAAAGGAAAAUUUGGCAUAGCUUGUGUUGUAGCACAACACAAUGAAUUGUUUGUUAUAUUAUUCAUUUGAAAUAAAAACUUUUUAUUUGCACUGAAUUAAGCUGCACAGAUUUUUGUAAUAUUAUGUAAUUGUUAGAAAACCCCCCACACACAUAUAGUCUUUGCAUUUGGUGAUGUGAAAGUUGGCACAACUUUGAGCUAAGUCAUGCUUAAUACCUUCGGUGAACCACUAACCCAGCUAUGCAAUCAUAAAAAAUUAUCAUUAAAGUUGCUCAAAGUGAUUUGUAUUUGUAAUACUUUGCAUAAAUUGCCCCACUCCCUGACAGAUAGCAAUAUGAAAUAUGUGUCAGCAAUAAUAUGUAUUAGCAGCACUAAUAGAAAUGUGGUGAGAAAUAAAGCCUGUCUUUUUUUAAAGUUGUAUGCAUUGUAAGCAGCCAAAAUAAAUGCAAAUUAAAAUCAAAUA